GAGCUUUUUGGCAGGUUUAACAUGCCUAGUCUUUCAAAGAGAGGAGACAUAAUGAUAGGGGGCAUUUUCCCAAUAUUUGAAAAAGAGAUAGGCAGCACCUCAACAUUUCAGCACACCCCAUCUGGAGUCGAAUGUAUAGGGUUUGAUCUGCGAGCUUUUAGAUGGACUCAAGUGAUGACAUUCGCAAUUGAAGAGAUCAACAAAAAUACAACCCUAUUACCGAACAUAUCACUGGGGUACAGGAUCCUCAACUCAUGUGCAUCGCCCACUAACACUUUACGUGCUGCUCUAACACUAGCUGGUGAAAUGGAGGAGAGAGAACCGGGCUCAUCUUGUCUCCCGGCAAUAUCUGCCCUCAUAGCUGAGUCUGGAUCUUCUCAGUCUCUUGCUGUAGCAGGGACACUUGGACCAUUCCAAGUCCCAAUUGUGAGUUACUUCUCAACAUGUGCCUGUUUAAGUGACAAGUCAAAGUAUCCUACAUUUUUUCGAACAAUUCCCAGUGACUAUUUUCAGGCAAAAGCUUUGGCCGCCCUGGUCAAACGCUUCGGUUGGCGUUGGAUUGGAGCCAUACAGUCAGACAAUGACUACGGACGUCAUGGUGUCCUCGCCUUUAAAGAAGAGGUUGAAAAGUUUGGGGUUUGUGUGGCUUUUGUCGGGACAAUUCUGCGCACAUACUCUUUGGAAAAAAUCAAGGCAGUUGUAGAAAUAAUCAAACAAUCAAGUGUUAAAGUUAUUCUUGCUUUUGCACCCGGGAGUGACUUUUAUCCUAUUAUGAAAGAGGUGGUUAAACAGAACAUCACAGGGAUCCAGUGGAUUGCCAGUGAGGCCUGGAUAACAGCUCUUAGACUUUCCACCCCGGAAAUUUACCGAGCUUUCGGGGGAGCCCUCGGUUUCGUGGUGCAUAAAAUGGAAAUUCCUAAGUUGAAGCCGUUUCUAACAGGCAUCAGCCCUUACGCAGAUACAAGCACAGCAUUUGUGGGGGAAUUCUGGAGGAUAAUGGUAGGAUGUAAAGCUGUUGUACCUGGGGAUCAAGUUAAAAACCCGAAUGAAAAAUGCACCGGCAAUGAGACAUUAAUGAAUUCCCAGGAUGUUUUCUUCAAUGUGACGGAGCUUAGAGUCUCAUAUAAUGUGUACAAGGCUGUUUAUGCCAUUGCACAUGCCCUGCACCACCUGCUUUUCUGUAACACCGCUAAUGAGAAACCAGCAAGACCAUGUUUGAAUGUAGCAGACAUUCAGGCAAAGCAGGUGACCUAUCACCUCCAAAGAGUAAAAUUUAAGAAUCAGUUCGGUGAUACUGUCUACUUCGAUGAAAAUGGAGACCCACCAGCUUCAUAUGACCUCAUCAACUGGCAACUGAGAGAUGGCAAGGUAAAACACGUGACAGUGGGUCACUUCAUCUCGACUGAGAACGGCGACUAUGAGCUCAGCAUCCAGGAGGAGGAGAUAUUGUGGAGGACGGACAAAAUGGUUCCGAUAUCAGUAUGCUCUGAACAGUGCCCAGUGGGGACCAGGAAAGCUCCAAUAAAGGGGGAGCCUAUUUGCUGUUUUGACUGUAUCCCAUGUGCUGCUGGCACUAUUGCCAACCAAACAGGUGCAGCAGAUUGCACACCCUGUGCGAAAGAGUUCUGGUCCAACCAGAAGAGGGACAAGUGUGUUCCAAAAACUACAGAAUUCCUGGCGUAUGACGAACCAAUGGGCAUAGCCCUGACUGCUGUGUCACUACUGGGUGCCUCACUGUCACUAUCCAUUAUGCUCAUCUUCAUCUACUACAGACAAACGCCAGUGAUCAAGGCCAGCAACUCUGAGCUGAGCAUCUUCUUACUGUUUUCCCUCUUUUUGUGCUUUCUCUGCCCCCUCACGUUCAUCGGCAGACCCGAGGCACGGGUGUGCAUGCUCCGCCAUACGGCAUUCGGAGUGACAUUCGCCCUCUGCAUUUCCUGCGUCCUGGGCAAGACCAUUGUGGUGGUGACCGCUUUCAAAGCUUCAUUUCCCGGCAGCAAGGUUGCCGGAAAGUUUGGACCGAUGCAACAGCGGAUCAUAGUUUGCACCUGCACUCUGGUCCAAAUACUAAUAUGUGUACUUUGGCUAAAAUUUAGCCCACCCUUCCCAGUCAUGGUUUUCCGAUAUAGCAAUAAGAUCAUUUUGGAAUGCAACACUGGCUCUGAAGCUGCGUUUUACGCUGUGCUAGGUUACAUAGGCUUUCUCUCAGUUAUAUGUUUAGUUCUGGCAUUUCUUGCGAGGAAGCUUCCAGAUAAUUUUAAUGAGGCCAAAUUUAUCUCAUUUAGCAUGUUAAUAUUCUGCGCUGUCUGGGUCACCUUCAUUCCAGCAUACGUCGGCUCUCCCGGCAAGUUUACAGUCGCUGUUGAGAUAUUUGCCAUUUUGUCUUCAGCAUUUGGUUUACUGUUUAGCAUAUUUGCGCCUAAAUGUUACAUAAUACUAAUAAGGCCAGAAAAGAAUACCAAAAAGCACGUAAUGGGUAAAAUGCUUACUACCGGUCCCUCAUCCCCCAAUUCGACUUCCUGCAAGCUAUGGAGGCAUUUCAAGUUGAACGAAGUGCACCAACCUGGCGAUGUGGUCCUGGGCGGACUGUUUGAGGUGCACUUCACGUCCGUGUUCCCUGAGCAGGCGUUCACUUCGGAGCCACAGCAGCCCGUGUGCCAGGGAUUUGACAUGUUAGGCUUCAGGCACGUCAUGACCAUGGUCUUCGCUGUGGAUGAGAUCAACAGAAGCAAGGAGCUUUUGCCAGGCCUGACUCUGGGCUAUCGACUUUACGACAACUGCGGCGAACUUGUGGUCGGUUUCAGUGGAGGGUUGUCACUCGUUGGGGGGCAAGAGAAGCAAUUUGUGUUGCAGGACGACUGUGUGGGACCCCCUCCAGUGCUUGGAAUUGUGCGAGCUUUGAUUCAGAUCCUGAAACACUUCGGUUGGACUUGGGCCGGUCUGCUGGUGACAGGUGAUGAUUACGGAGUAGGUGUGGCUCGCGCCUUCCAGCACCAGCUGGCUGAGUCUGGCGGCGGCUGUCUGGCCUACCUGGAGGUCCUUCCCUGGGACAACGACACACCCGACCUUCAGAGGAUUGUGAACUUAAUGAGGACAUCAACAGCCCGCGUUGUCAUGGUGUUUGCACACGAGACCCACAUGCUGCAUCUGUUGGAUGAGGUUGAAAAGCAGAAUGUGACAGGCCUGCAGUGGAUAGCCAGUGAAGCCUGGUCUGCAGCCACAGUGCUGCAAACACCCCGUCUCUUGUACUACCUGAGGGGCACAGUGGGCAUCACUAUCCGUAGAGGAGAAAUACCGGGACUCCGCGACUUCCUCUCACAAAUACGCCCUGACAAACAUGAUGAUAGUGAAUACAGUCUGCCUCCUCAGUCUGUGUGCAGUGAGAGUUGUCCUCCAGGUUCUCGCAUGGCCAGAAAGAAAAGUCAACCUGUGUGUUGCUUUGACUGCAUCCUUUGCUCCGAGGGCAAGAUCAGCAACAUGACAAGUGUGUCAUUGUUUUCAGGUUUUUAA